GUGGGAAAAGUGUUUGAGCGUCAGCCUCUGCCUUUUUAGCUGUCUAGCGCUGUGCCAGAUUAAAUUACAACUUUACCACCAGACACGGAUAACGGUCAGCGCGAGUCACCACAAUACGCGGCUACCCCGGCAACUUGCGGUUAGCUGCCCGAAAUACCUACCCGAAAAACCCUUUGCUUUGUAUGGAAGCGGUCAGCAUCACUAACGGGGUUCAUGUUACGUCUCGCCGGAGAUAAUGAGGAACGUUAUUGUGCUGUCACUGCUGCUGCUGAACAUACAUCAUGUCAUAUCGGCACCCAAAGGCGUCACUGCCAGUCUGAAAGCAAAGUGGAGCAUGACGCCCUUCCUCCUUGAGACAAGUGAGUUUAUUGGAGAAGAUGGGAAUGAGAAAUUCUGGCAGUUUGUUGACACUGUGAAAGAGCUCACUGUAUACAAGCAAGGAGAGUCUGUGCGCUCGUACUACAACUUGAUUCUGAAGAAGGCUGGCCAGUUCCUCACAGAUCUUCAAGUUAAUCUCCUCAAAUUUGCUCUGGCCCUACGCUCGUACUCACCAGCUGUUCAUGCAUCCCAGCAGAUAGCCAGUGAUGAGCCUCCGCCUGAGGCUUGCCCUGCCUUUGUCUCCAUCCAUGGUCAACAGAGCUGCAGUACCAAGGACAUCAAGAAGCUCCUGAAGGCAGCUGCAGGCAGGCCAAACCCAUAUUUAUUCAAGAAUGAUCACACAUAUCCAGGGGUCAGUAAAACAGGUGUGCCAGUUGUGAUCCUCUAUGCUGAGAUUGGAACCAAGAAGUUCACCUCGUUUCAUAAGGUGCUGUCAGAGAAGGCUGGAGAGGGCACACUUAUAUAUGUGCUGCGGCAUUUUGUAGCGAAUCCAAAGCCUCAAAAUAUGCUUUUAUCUGGCUAUGGUGUUGAACUGGCUAUCAAAAGCACAGAAUACAAAGCUGUGGAUGACACCAAAGUAAAAGAUUCAAAGACCGUUAUAAACGCUGAGGAUGAUAAUAAUGAUGAAGUCCAUGGGUUCAUUUUUGGAACAUUAAAGAAAUCGCACCCUGAACUCCAAGAGCAACUCGUCGAGCUUCGCAAGCAUCUCCUGGAGAGUACCGAUGACAUGGUCCCUCUCAAAGUGUGGGAAAUGCAAGAUCUUAGUGUCCAGGCAGCUGCCAGAAUCAUGUCCGUGCCAAAGUUUGAUGCCUUGAAGCUCAUGCAAGACCUCAGUCAGAACUUUCCUAGCAAAGCCAGAUCACUGACAAGAGUGGCCGUAAAGCAGGAAAUGAGAAAAGAAAUUGAGGAGAACCAAAAGCGUCUCAGUGAGACCAUUGGUGUUCACCCAGGAGACGGGGAGCUCUUCAUCAACGGACUGCACAUUGAUCUGGACAUUCACAACCCUUUCAGCAUUUUAGAAAUCCUCAGAGGAGAGGCCAGGGUCUUGGAGGGGCUUCAUAACCUAGGCAUAAAAGGAGAACAUCAGGGGAAGCUGCUGAGGUUGCCUGUGAACGCUGUGGAUGACAGCUAUGCCUUAGAUAUCAGACAUCCAGCAAUAAUGUGGAUAAAUGACAUAGAGAAUGACCCAGUGUACCGCAGCUGGCCAACAGGUGUACAGGAGCUCCUCAGAGCCACUUUUCCUGGAGUCAUCCGGCAGAUCCGACGCAAUUUCUUCAACCUGGUGCUGUUCCUAGAUCCAAUACGGGAAGAAAGUGUUGAGCUGGUGAAACUAGCAGAGCUUUUCUACAAGCACAAGAUCCCCCUGAGAAUUGGAUUUGUGUUUGUUGUCAACACCAAGGAUGAGAUUGAUGGCUUCUCAGAUGCAGGGGUUGGAUUUUACAGACUGCUGAAUUACAUUGCAGAUGAGUACGAUUUAUCCCAGGCUCUGAUGUCCAUGGUCUCAUUGUACAACAAAGUAGAUGCCGGGAAGACGCUGUCUGCCGAUACAAUUUCUGCUUACCUGAAGAGAAAAUUCCCUAAAGCCAAUGCUGAAAGGAUUCUUGGUGUAGAAUCAGAGUAUGACGACAAAAGAAAGCACGGUGCUCUCUUCUACAAAAAGAGUGGCCUGGGUGCCCUACCACUGGCUUUAUUUAAUGGAGUCCCUCUGAGCCCUGAUGAGAUGGACCCAGACGAGCUGGAAACCAUCAUCCUGCAGCGCAUAAUGGACACCACCACCGCCUUCCAGAGAGCUGUCUUUAUGGGUCAGGUGACUGACGGCUUAGAUGUGGUGGACUAUCUAAUGGAGCAGGCCAAUGUGGUUCCCAGGAUGAACCCUCUUAUUCUAAGCACUGACCGGAAGUACCUCGAUUUCACUGCUCACCCAGUUGUAGAUGACUGGGAGGAUGCAACUAUGUUUUCAUACUAUGACUCCAGAGACAAAACAGCUGUGAUGGCUAAGAGAAUGAAGUACUUUACAAAUAGUGAUGAGGAUGGGAUGAGUGCUGUGACCGUGUGGAUAGCUGGAGAUUUUGAGAAGGUCUCAGGAAGAAAACUGUUGUUCAAUGCUCUGAAACAUAUGAAGGCCAGCCCUGGAGUGCGUGUGGGGGUGAUAGAUAACCCCAGUGGAAAGCCCAGUGAAGAUAACACUGUGCUGUACAGGGCUAUCUGGGCCUCUCUCCUCACCCAGAAGAAUAAUAAGGCUGCAGCAGAGUUUGUGCAAAAACUCCUGAAAGAGGAGAGCAGCCAGCUCCUCCAACAAGGGACCAAGAUGAAGGACUUACUAAUUCAGGGCAUGGACAGAGAUUCCUUCGAGAAAAAGUUCAACACACUGGAAGUGGAUUUUAUUCGUAGUCAGCAGCUGUUUUGUCGAGACGUCCUGAAACUGAGCCCUGGACAUCAGGCAGUGAUCAGCAACGGCAGAAUCCUCGGUCCAUUUGAAGAGCAGGAAGAAUUCACUGUAGAGGAUUUCCACUUGCUGGAGAAGAUUACACUGAGCAGUUCUGCAGAGAAAGUCAAAGCCAAAGUUAAACUGAUGGGGAUGAAGCCAAAGCAAACCAGUGACUUAGUCAUGAAAGUUGAUGCCCUCUUAACUGCAGCCCCCAAAGGAGAAGUCAGGAGGGAUGUCCAUUUUAUCAAAGACAGCCACAGUGUGCUCCAUCUCUCCCCACGUGAAAAUGAGGUGUUCUAUGAUGUUGUGGCCAUCGUUGACCCCCUCACUAGGGAGGCACAGAAGAUGUCCCCUCUACUGAUUGUGCUCAGUCAAGUGGUCAAUGUGAGACUGCAGGUGUUUAUGAAUUGCAGGGCCAAGUUGUCUGAGAUGCCCCUCAAGAGCUUUUACCGCUUUGUCUUGGAGUCUGAUGUGAAUUUCUUGGCCAACGACACAGUGUCUCCAGGACCAGUUGCCCGCUUCAUGGAGCUCCCAGAAUCUCCCCUUCUCACCCUUAAUAUGAUCACACCAGAGAGCUGGAUGGUGCAGGCUGUCCGCAGCCCCCAUGACUUGGAUAACAUCCACCUGCAGGAGGUGAGCGGGGUUGUGACAGCAGAGUAUGAGCUGGAGCACCUCUUGCUGGAGGGCCACUGCUUUGACCUGUCAACCGGCCAGCCUCCCCGUGGACUGCAGUUUACCCUGGGCAUGAGUCGGGACCCGCUGAUGUAUGACACUAUUGUCAUGGCUAACCUGGGAUAUUUCCAGCUGAAAGCCAAUCCUGGUGCCUGGAUCCUGAGGUUACGUAAAGGGAGAUCAGAGGAUAUCUAUCAGAUUCUCACGCAUGAUGGAACCGAUUCCCCUGCAGAUGCUGGUGAUGUCAUUGUUGUGCUGAACAGUUUCCACAGUAAGAUCAUCAAAGUCAGAGUGCAGAAAAAGGCAGAGAAGAUUAAUGAAGAUCUUUUAAGUGAAAAUAGUGAAAGCAAAGGCUUAUGGGACUCCAUAGCAAGUGUUUGGAGCACUUUUGAGAAAAGCAUCACCGGUGGUGGCUCCAAGAAAGAUGAUGGAGAGAAGAAGAAAGAGGAUGUUCUAAACAUAUUUUCUGUGGCCUCAGGCCAUCUGUAUGAGCGCUUUCUGAGAAUAAUGAUGCUGUCUGUCCUUCGGCAUACAAAAACACCUGUCAAGUUCUGGUUCCUCAAGAAUUACCUCUCCCCAUCUUUCAAGGAGACCAUCUCUCACAUGGCAGAGUCGUAUGGCUUUCAGUUUGAAUUGGUACAGUACAAGUGGCCCCGUUGGCUCCACCAGCAGACUGAGAAGCAGCGCAUUAUCUGGGGAUACAAGAUCCUCUUCCUGGAUGUUCUCUUCCCCCUGGCUGUGGACAAGAUCAUCUUUGUGGAUGCCGAUCAGAUAGUUCGGGCUGAUCUGAAGGAUUUGAGGGAUUUCGAACUGGAGGGUGCUCCUUAUGGCUACACACCAUUUUGUGAUAGCCGCAGAGAGAUGGAAGGCUAUCGCUUCUGGAAAACUGGCUACUGGGCCUCACAUCUAGGACACAGGAGAUACCACAUCAGUGCUCUGUAUGUAGUGGAUUUAAAGAAGUUUAGGAAGAUUGCAGCUGGGGACAGAUUACGAGGCCAGUAUCAAGCCCUGAGCCAAGACCCCAACAGUCUGUCCAACCUGGACCAGGACCUUCCUAACAACAUGAUCCACCAAGUGGCCAUCAAGUCUCUUCCACAGGAGUGGUUGUGGUGUGAGACGUGGUGUGAUGACACCUCUAAAGUCACAGCUAAGACUAUAGACCUGUGCAAUAACCCAAAGACCAAGGAGCCCAAGCUAACGGCUGCAGCGAGGAUUGUGCCUGAGUGGGUUGAAUAUGACAACGAGAUAAAACAGCUACUGAGUCGGGUCCAGAAACAGGAGGGCACAGCAACGCAAAAACAGAUUCCCUCUCCCUCACAACAUAAAAAAGUAGACAACCAGCGUGAUGAACUUUAGUGCCUGCCAGCACCAUGCUGAAGAGGAAGAAGGCAGAACCUUUUUCUAACAGGCCACCUGUGAAGCUUGAAGACAGACAAUUCCAUCUAAACAUAGCCAUGCAUCCUCAGCCAGAGAACGAUGUGAUAUUUUCAGAGAUGCCAUAUCUGCUUCUGGAGUUAAUACGUCUUACAAAAUGAACACGUGAUGUAAGUGUUAACUGCCAACUGUGAACUUGUAGAGUGCUAUCAGCACUGCAGUCAGGUCUUGGUUAGUAUGUUGUUACCGGAGAAUGAAGUGAACACAGUAAGAAUAAUGGGGUGAGAUCAGUCAAAGCACUCUAUUAUGUGUGUUUGAGAAUAAUUAGUUGGCGUAUAUUGCACUGAUAAUGUACGCAAAGAAUCAAACAGAAAAGGCACAUCUUUAUGAAUCUGAUUUUAAAGUGUUAUUAAUAUUGAUAUUAAUAUGGAAAACUGUUUCAAAAAGCUAAUGCAUUUAGGUAUUGUUAAUUUGACAUUGACUGAAAUGCUCAAACCAAAGUUAUGACUGACAUAAAGCUAAUCUGUUUUAAAAUGCCAUACCUUGCUGCAAAGUUGUUACAUUAGAACCUGGUGACUGUACAAUUAUUGGGUGUAAUUUUUUAUUUUUGCUGAAGGGAGGGUAGUCUGGCUUUUUUGUAAGAGUAGGGGAGGGUCUUUUUUGUAUCUUGGUUUUUCUUACUCCAAGUCUAUUUUAGUUCAGCCUUCCCUUGAGAAAUGUAUUAUUUACAGUUUAGCCUCCGGCUUUACAGGUGUAACUUUAAUAAGAUUCUGCACAAUGUGCGUCAUGAUCACCGUCCAUGGUGCUGAUUCUGUGGCCCCCAUAAUGCAGGAGAUGUAUGACUGUCCAUCGGUUACACUGAUCAGCAGGAUCCCUGCUAUACUAUUUAAAGAUCUAUCUAAAGAUUCAGUUGUGGAUCAAAGGAUCCUCAUUUGCACACUAAAGGUCCUGGUUUAUGGGUAGGAUAUAGGAUUUUAAGUUAAUGUUUACAUCCUACCUACAUUCAGCUUCACUGCAUUACAUUUUAAGAAAUAAUUUUUCAGUGUUUGAAUUACACAAUGAACCAGUGUUUUUGUCUCAGGAAUAAGAUGGGUGUUGCUGCUCAACCGAAGACAAUAGUCUUUUUUAGUCUUAAAAGUCAAUAAAAAAAGUGGGUGCAGGAAAUCUGCUCUUAGGACACCCAUCUUUUACUGUGCUGUGUCAAAUAGAAAUGUUUAUAAUACUGUCUUGUGGAAGAAGAAAAGAUCUUUGCUACAAAACCACCAUUACAAAAUCUGUUUGUGAAUUCUGUUGUCCCCUUGUGUGGUCAGUGGAUGUGUGAUGUGAUUCAUGCUCUGAAAGGUCUACAACGAAGGGAUUUUCUUACACUGUAA